AGUAUAUACUUUAUGACAUAUGCUCUGUUUUUUAGUAAGUCAUUAAGUCAUUAACUCAUAAAAUCCUCAUACUCUGUUUUUUGGUGUAUUUAGACAUUGACACCAACACUCUUUCAACUUCAGCUCAACUCAACUCAGUCUAAUGACGACUUCGAACUUUCUAUUCCUCUUCUUCUUCAUCUUCCUUAUCCAUUUCUUCACCGUUCCCUCACGUGCCGACCUCCCCGGCACGUGGGAACUCCUUGUCCCUGACGCCGGAAUUGCUUCCAUGCACACCGCCGUCACCCAUUACAACACCGUUGUACUCCUCGACCGCACCGACAUCGGUCCUUCCCGGAAAAGACUCCCUCCCCACCAUUGCCGUAACGAUCCCAAUGACCCCAUUUUGAAAAAAGACUGUUAUGCUCACUCUGUUCUUCUUGAUUUGGAAACGAAUUCAGUUCGACCUCUUAUGAUCCUCACCGACACUUGGUGUUCUUCUGGUCAAUUUCUCCCCGACGGUACGCUUCUUCAUACCGGCGGUGAUCUUGAUGGGUUCCGGAAAUUCAGGAAAUUCACUCCGUGUGAAUCUUCUAGCUCUGUUUGUGAUUGGGAAGAACUUCAAAAUGUUCAGCUUUCAGAAGGAAGAUGGUAUUCCACUAAUCAGAUAUUACCCACCGGAGAAAUCAUAAUUGUCGGCGGCCGUGCUGCUAGUAGUGUCGAGUAUUUUCCACCGAGAGAAACCGGAGCGGUUGAAUUCCCUUUCUUAACUCAAGCUGAAGAUAAACAACAUGAUAAUCUUUAUCCUUAUGUUCAUUUGCUACCCAAUGGACAUCUCUUCAUUUUCGCCAACAAUAAAGCGGUUAUGUAUGAUUUUACGGCGAAUAAAAUAGUAAGAGAUUACCCAAUACUUGACGGUGGUCCAAGAAACUACCCAUCAGCAGGAUCAUCAGCUAUGUUGGCGCUAACAGAGGAUUAUUCUUCUGCCACCAUUGUUAUUUGUGGUGGAGCUCAAUUUGGGGCUUAUUUACAGAGGAGCACAGAUACCCCUGCACAUGGGAGUUGCGGUAGAAUUGAAGCGACCGGAGAAAACCCAGUUUGGGAAAUGGAAGAUAUGCCCUUUGCGAGAAUCAUGGGUGAUAUGGUGAUGUUACCAACCGGAGAAAUUCUUAUCAUUAAUGGAGCUCAAGCAGGAACUCAAGGUUUCGAAAUGGCUUCAAAUCCAUGUUUAAACCCAGUUUUAUACAGACCAAACGAACCCUUAGGACUCCGAUUCAUGACUUUGAAUCCCGGUACAGUUCCAAGAAUGUAUCACUCCACAGCCAAUUUGCUUCCGGACGGUCGGAUCUUACUUGCCGGAAGCAACCCACAUUUUUUUUACAAGUUCGCGGUGGAAUUUCCGACGGAAUUAAGGAUCGAAGCGUUUUCUCCGGAGUAUUUAUCAGCAGACAGAGCAAAUCUCCGACCAGUAAUAGUGGAAUCGCCGGAAAAGCUCAAAUACGGUGAGGAUUUUGGGGUGGCGGUGACGGUGGAACUGCCGGUGGUUGGGAUUAUUGAAGUGAAUUUAGCGAGUGCUCCAUUUUCAACACAUUCGUUUUCACAAGGGCAAAGGCUUGUGAAAUUGAAAGUAACGAGCGCGAUUCCCGAUGAUGCCGGUAAAUAUAGGAUCGGAUGUACAGCACCGCCGGACGGGAAGGUGGCGCCGCCGGGAUAUUACAUGGUAUUUGCUGUAAACCAAGGAGUGCCAAGUGUGGCACGAUGGGUCCAGCUAGUUGUUUGAAACUUUUUUAUAUUUAUAAUUUUUAUUUAGUUUUUAUAUAUACAAAUAUAUUUUAGACUCUUUAAAGUCUGAAUGAGACUACAAGAGUAUUAUUUUA